AGGAACGUAACAUACCAAAAAUGUCAGAUGUAGCAGUCACAAAACUGCGUAUUUCUAUUUUGAGUGUAUGAUUAUAAAUAUUUGUGAAUUUGUGAUGUAAAUAAUAUCAGUAAUGGUGUUAGUUGCAAGGAUAUAACAAUUUUUUUCUAGUAAUUGUAUGGCAUAGUGUACCUUAAAAUGGACUAUUUAUAUUAUAAGAAGAAACGAGCGACUAAUACUACCACCGAAUUAAUUAAUAAGUCAUAUUAAUUAAUAAUUUCGAAUACGACGUGUCUUCAGAUCGUCCCGUUUUAUUAGAGAUGAUAGUUCGCUGGCCGAACCCCCCAUCGUGAAAAUAGGACAGAACCAUGGGACAACAAACAUCAAGGAAGAGCGGCGAGUGCUCUUGCGGCUGCGGCUUCGAGCGACGGCGGUACGCGGAGUCCCCGAGCAGCGUGCAGAGAUACGUCAGCGCUGUCACUGACAGAUGGUCAACCCGCGAGUGCUCGUGCCGGCGGCGCGGCCGGCGGCCGGCGUGCGUGUGCACCGCGUACCGCCGCGUCAGCGUCGCCGACGCCAUCGCCGACGACCGAUUGGCGGCAGUCAUAACGCUCGGGGCUAGGGAUCUACGCAGAGAGCUGGAUACCAUAGUCUUAAACAGAGAAGGCGACAAUCCGACGGACAACUCUACUGCGGAGGUUUAUGUUCUCUCAGUGGCUCCCAGGUCUGAUUCCGAGUCAUCACAAGACGGCAGAAGGAGCGAGCUCACACAAGCCAGUGAUGGCUCCAUACGGUUACACCCACACUUCCAGGUGGUAUGCGGCGGCGAGUUGCGCGCACUGCUGCUCCGUGCUCCGCUGGCGGGCGGCCUCCCUCCGGGGCCGCACGGCGCGCAACACCCUAUACCUGCUAAAGUCCACACGCAGGUGGACUACAUACAUUGCCUAGUACCCGACCUACAACAGAUCACAGCCUGUUCGUUCUACUGGGGCAAGAUGGACCGCUACGAGGCAGAACGACUACUGGACAAUAAGCCUGAAGGCACAUUCCUCCUCCGCGACUCUGCGCAGGAAGACCACCUGUUCUCUGUGUCGUUCCGCAAAUAUGGCCGCUCGCUUCACGCCAGGAUCGAGCACUACCAGCACCGCUUCAGCUUCGACUCCCACGACCCGGCCGUGUUCGCCGCUCCCACGGUCACGAGGCUCAUAGAGCACUACAAGGACCCGGCGUGCGUGAUGUUCUUCGAGCCGAUGCUGACGGCGCCGCUCCCCCGCAGCAGCCCCUUCAGCCUGCAGCAGCUCGCCCGCGCCGUCAUCGUCUCGCACACCAGCUACGACGGCGUAGAAAAGCUGCCCCUCCCGCCGCGCAUGCGCGCGUACCUAAAGGAGUACCACUACAGACAACGCGUGCGCGUGCGACGCCUCGAGCCUGAACUGUUCCCCCACCUAUCCUAGCGUCACCCCUUCUACUGGUGAAUACUAUAUUCAUCUAGCAUUCACAUAAUUUAUUACCUAAAAGGAUACAUGAAAACAUUCAACUACUGUAUGUACCCAUACACUAGGAACCCUCUAGACGGAGUUUAGAGCAAUUAUUUCAUGAAACCGAUGCUGCCAGAAAUACAGGGGGGCGAGGUGAGCGAGUCCCGUGUCGUGAUUGGUCCGUUCAAGGACACGGGCGUCACACAAAGACACUUUGACUCGAAAACGGAGUGAAACUACCGUAUAUUUGUGGCAGAGGGAGUAGCGCUACUAUGCUCAGUCUGGAGGAUGUCUUGUCUGCGUAUGUACCAUAUGAGUUGAGUCGAAAUUCGGCUUUUUAUUCGAACACCUACUCGUACAUAUUUAUCUAUCGUUCGACUAAUUAUCUAUUAAAAAAAACGACUACUAUAGUUCGUUUUUUUCUAGCAUUAGAAAAAAGGUAAAUAAUCUUGAUGUGUAUUUUAAUUGAAAAACCCGUUUUUAAAAUAAGUCACGGCAAAUAUGUAACAAUUAUGAAUCUAAUACGAUCAUUUAUAUUCUGAUCUCAUAUGUAAUAUGUACUGAUUUUUCAAAAGCGUUUUCAAUUAAAAGACAUGUCAAGAUCGCUUACCUUCUUUCUAAUGCUAAAAAAACGAACAAUAAUUACUAUUACCACCUUAUACUAAAAUGAAUUCUGUUUAUAGGUGAAUAUAAUUCAUUUUUAGUUUAGGGUGGCCAGUGACUGGUGGCGAAUUACCCUACCAUUGAUACAUUUACAAUAUUUCAAAUGAAUCCGGGAACAUCCUGGAGUAUACAAUUUAGAGCCUUAUAGUUAAGCAAUAAGGUACUAAAUUGUACACAUAAUUGCAGAUAUAAUAAAAUAACGGAAUUAUAUCAUUAUAGUCUAAAAACGUCACAUAACGUAAAAAAAACUGAAAUUUUACCUCGUGAAGUUUUUUAACAAAAUUCGUUUCUAGUUUGGACCUCAUUUAUAACUAAGCUUAGAGCAUAAUAGUAACUGGAGACGUCAUGGCUGUCAUUUUCUGUACAAAACAGUCUGCCAAUAGGGAAUAUUAGGCAAAGCUCUGCGUAGGUAGCAUCACUAGCACAUACAGUAAACAACCCUCAUUGACAUCAUCAAUGACACAUCAUGCGUCACUUGGUCAAUCACAUGGCUUACCGUGAAACACGACAAUCGAAAGUUCGGUUUCUGUCUCUCUAUCACUCUUGCUUAAUUCGAUCGAUAGAGAGGCAUAUAAAUUUCGAUUUUCGCGUUUCUCGGUAGGCCACCUGUAAACCGCCUUGGUGCAUCAAUGUCAUAGUGAAAACUUGUCAAAAAACUGUUUAAGGCCUAGUAUGUACAAGUUACUCUAUGGUUUACUAAACAAAUUAGUGCUGCACUCUGGCGGCAGAACAUUGCAGUAAUAUUCCCUAUUUUUGCGGAGAGGGGACGUCAAAUGUAUUGCUAUUUCUACAUGAUUUGUACGUAACGUACAAAUAGCCAUGUCAGUCCAUACAAAAGUUUGCACAAUUGUGCAAGGAUUUCGGCAGAGGGUUAAGCUCUUAAAGGCGACUCCAGUUAUUAAAUGCUCUAAGUAACUAAAGCAUUAGGGUGUCAGAAAUUAUGCAAAAUUGAACCCUAUCACUUUGAAAUAUAGUUUCAAAUCAGAUGGAAAAUAUAUUCCCUCCGCCUUAUAAAGGCAGCAAAAUUUUUAAAUUGUAACAAACUAAUUUUUAGUUAUUUUCGCAUAAUUUCAACGAUAGUUCCAUAAUGGGACAGAAUACGAAAUGUAUGUAUGUCUGUACGAUACGAAUGACGAUAUCUCUUGAACUCUCGAGUGUAUGUCGAAUCGAUAAUAGAUGAAAAGUAUUUGAUAUUGUAAAUAUUGUUUAAUUAUUGGAUAAGUGAUAAUAAUUAGGUUUAAAGAGACUUUAAACAAUAGUUAAGUGUUAAACUCUGUAUCUUUAGGUACUUAAAUAAAAGUACACAACUAAUUUGUAAAUUUUCGGGUAGUUAUAACAUUUAUUGAUUAACCAACCAAAUACAAAACCACCUGGAUCUGUCACUGAACGAACUGACUUUAACCUACAUUAUUUGAUCGUGUAAUGUUUUCAUCUACCCUCAACUGGCUUAAGAAGCCAUUUGAGGGUAGAUUUUGUUUACUCUUUUUAAAUACCUAAAGAUACAUAAUAUAACGUAGGACGUUUGGAUGAUUUGAAACUACCCAAAUAUUUAUACUACCCAUUUCUAAGUGAUCAUGGUCUAAUAAAACAUGGUCUUCUAUUCCCAGAGUGACACAGGCCUACGUCACAAUAACAUGGCCGCUAUAUAUAGCUCUAUCGCAUAUUAUCAUAUAGCGCUGUCGCAUGAUGACGUAGGCUUGUGUCAGUCAGGUGACCUAGAAAAGACGGGAAUAGAGUACCAGGCGGAGUAUAUUAUUAUACCAUGUAAGUGAUUAUUUUUUCUUAAUAAAUGAAAUUGUCGUAGUAACAACAUUUUAGGUAUUUAUCAAAUAUUUACUACAGUGACGAAAAAGCGUUCCUAAAAGGAUUAGUAACACAGUAUGGACGUAUGCGACUCCAUGGGUGUAACGUGCGCGUUGCUAACCUUUUAUAACGUAUUUGAGUAUUCACAGAAAAUAGCUGAUAUAAACAAAUUUUGUUCGGCGUCUCUCUAAACCUUAUUUUUUUGUUUAUUUUAAGAAACGGAAAUAAUGUAAUAUAAAUAUAAGAUUAAUUUUAUAUUCUUGUAUAGAAAAAUAUAUCUACUUAAUGGCUGGUUUUUAAUUUAAUUCCAAUCAAAGGGUAUACUUUGGAAACCAGUUUUUUUUUCUUUAUAAUAAUCAUGGUUUGCGGCAUUUUUAGUUAUUUAUUAGUUAAUAAAAUGCCUUUACUUGACAUAAACUAUAGUCUGUAUCUUUAGGUAAUUAAAUAAAAGUAAACAAUUUGUAAAUUUUCGGGUUAUUCCCACUAGUUACCACCAAGUUGUUACCAGUGGUAACUACUGGGAAUUUUUUUCCCACCUUUUACCACUGGUAACUACUGGGAAUAAAAAUUCCCAGUAGUUACCACCAACUCGGUUUAGUGGUAACUACUGGGAAU